AUGUGCGAUGAUUCUUUAAGUCGUUAUGAAAAUAAUGACGACGAAAAUCAUUUAAUGCAUCAUCUAUUUUCUGGUAAUCAUGGUACACAAGUAGCUGAAUUAAUUAUAAAAUUCAUUCUUUCUUCAAUGAAAUAUGGUUCAAAUGAGGGUGAUAAACGUUUUUCACGUUUAAUACAAAUUGUUGAAUUCUAUCCUCAAACAUUACAUUCAAUUGCUAAUCGUUUACAAGAAAUUCCAUGUUGGAUUUAUGAAACAUUAAAAUAUUCUCUUACUGAUCCAAUAUUAAAACGUAAUUUAGAAAUUCUUCGUCAAAAAUUAGAUCGCCAUACACCAUUAGUAAAUGAAUUUAUUCAAGCAUUAAAUCAAUUAAAUCCAAAACAACAACAAUAUAAAAGUUGA